UCAUCAAGAUUCAGAGUUAACCUUUGUUCGAGUGUACUGUUUAUAGCAACGGAGGGCAAACCCGAACGUACGAGAAAAUUCACGUCAUAGACGAAUAUAAUCGAAUAGGACUCAUAUAUAUAAACGAGCAACGAACACACAGACUAGAAGUCCAAUCGGAAUCUACGAGAAAGUCUUUAUCGGUACUCUACAACUUUUUCGAGGUACACUUUCUAACACGACUAGAAUGGAGAAAAUGGGAACUACUGCGAUCUUAGCAGAAGAAGAAUUUUUGGAAAAGUAUCAUGAGCAGAGGAGAGUUAACCUUAGACUGCUCUCUGAGAAGCGGGAGCUCCUAAUGCAGCUGCAGAAAGCGACUGGAGCUCAGGAGACGAAACAAAUUCGUUCUUCGGAAGACUACGAGAAAUUGAAACAAAAGGUCGAAGAGCUUGAGAAACAGCUAAAAGAACGCAAGGAAAAUUUUACGAUAACACCCAGUGAGACAUCACCAGGAGCUGAAUUGAUUCAAUCAAGCUCAACCAUCUCAAAACCUCCAGAAUCAGAAUGCAAUUGUACAUGUGCUGAUAAGCUUCAAGAGGCAAUUGCAGUGAACCACCAAUGGAACAGUUCAUAUCAAAGACUACUGAAAAGAUUCACUGAAAUGGAUAGAAAAGUAAAGAAGUUAGAGGAACAGCUAAAAGUAGAAACUGAAGAAAAUAACCAGCUGAAAGAUUUAGUGAAUAAACUUGAAAAUGAUUUUGGGGAUUAUAGUAGACAAUAUGCCAGGCUAUCCAGUUUGGAAGAAGUGUGUAGCAAGGAUGAUGUGGAAGCAUUGAAAAUUCAGCUGUUGGCUUACAAAGAAGACUUUUUCACAGAAAAAGAAGAAAAAGAGAAAAUAAUCUAUGAAGAUACAAAACUGAAAAAAGAUCUAGAAGAAGCCAACCGAAUAAUAAAAAUUUUGUCUGAACAAGUUGGACAGUACAAAAGCUUUGCUACUAAAAUUUCAAAAGCAGAGGAUUCAUUAGAGAGAGAUAAUCAAUGGAAUUUUAGUGAAUAUAGUUACCCAGCACCAAUAUACCGCAGGCAAUUGUCACCAAGCUAUUCCUUGCCAAUGACCAGAGAGGUGCCAUUGCCCAGGGGUGCAGAAAGAUCAACCAAUUUUGAAUUUAGAAGAUCAGACCCCGAUUUAUUCAGGGGAGGUAAGGUUGUGAGGGACUAAUGAAUCAACAUCAUUAGCUAAUAUAAAGAAAAAUUUAAAAACGAAAAGUUGCUUAUUUAACUUGAAUGAAUAUUUUUUUGUAAGUUGAAUAUUUUUUUGUAAGUUGAAUAUUUUUUUGUAAGUUGAAUAUUUUUUUGUAAGUUGAAUAUUUUUUUUACUUAUUUCUAUUAAAAUUUUGUACAAAUAGAAUUAUAAAGUUGGUUGAAAAAUUAUUCAAAAAUAAGUUUCAUCCAAAAUAAGUUCCAGAAACUAAUUUUUGUAAAUAUUUGGUAAUUCUGUGAAUUUAUAAUCUAGUAAUUUUUAAUGAUUAUUUUAACCAAGAUCUUUUCAAAAGCAACAAAAGUUUUGGAUUUUACUAAUAUAAGUUCUUUCUUAGAAUGAUAUUUUCCACAAGAAAAUAGUCAGUUUCAGAAUUUUUCACUAAUUGACGGGGCUCUUUACAUUAAGACAGAACUUUAACUUCUGUGUUUGGGUCAUACAUAGACUACCAUUUUCAUGUAAUCAGAGGGUUGUCGUUAAAGUACUCAUGAUUUGUAAGAUAAGGAGACAGUAAUUUUGAACAUUUUUCCGGAAUUAAUAACUUUACAAAAGUGCUAGAAAUUAGCCAAUUGUAACGACUGUAAGUUUUUUAACUUUUUGCUAAAUUAAGUAGAAAAUAUAGUUAUUUAUCUUAUAUAUUGUGUUUUUAAUGAUUCGCUAUCCACAUUCAAAA